AGUCCCAACCCAACGCUCAAAGAGUCGAGUACUCCCUACAACACUACACAGUCUAUUCAAGCUUGUAAAAAACGUCAGCAGCAGUAGCGCGAGCCUCCGGUCGCCGCCACCUUCACUCGCCGCCGGCCGACGGUCAUCUCCGAUCCCCAGUCGGCUCCCCCUCUCUCUAUUAAUCCCCGGGUGCCUCUGUGGUAAUGCCCGUUAGGUGUAAUUUACCCGCCGGUGCACCAAACAGGGCGUAGGAGAAUGGAUCAGCCGCAGCAGCGAUCCAACUCGGCCUCUCGAGCCUACCAGUUCCACCCUGGCCGUGCCGCCAUUAUCGACCUGUUCAACCUCUACUUAGGAAGAAGUAGCCGACAAAAGACUGAUGAUUCCGCCAGAGAGCCUCCGAACAAGACUCAGAAGCGUGUGGUUGCAUUAAACAGAGAACUUCCUCCUCGAAAUGAGCAGUUCAUCCUGGACUUCCAGCAACUUCUGGCCCAGUUUGGGGAUCAAGAUCAGUUGCGUGCUGUGACAGAAUCAGUUUUCAUAUCUCUGGUUGUGCAGUGCAGUGGUCAUGCACCACGGGCAGAUUUUCUUCUCUUUGCACUGCAGAGCUUGUGCGGCAUUGGUCACAUCAACUGGGAUACUCUUUUGCCGUCCCUUCUUUCAUCGGUUUCGUCAGCUGAAAUGUCAAUGGGUCAAGCUAGUCAAUCGAUGCCCACUGUGUCAUCCUCGGGUUUGCCGCAGUCUGGGACAAUCCCGUCUUCCAAUGCUAUUCCGAAUGCAUCUAGUUUUCAACCUUCAAAUCCUGCAUCGCCUUUAACAGCAGCUCAUGGCAUAGGGUCUCCUACACAAUCAAUGAUUGAACCAUCAUCUGGUGCUGCGAUGUCACCUGUUAAAUUACCUGAUCAAUCUAUGACAAGAGUCCAUUCAUCUAUCAGAGACAGUGCUAUAAGCAGCCUGCGCCAGCUAUGCUGCAAGAUUAUCUUGACCGGUCUUAAGUUUAAUUUGAAACCUGCAACUCAUGCUGAGAUUUUCUCUCAUAUGCUGAAUUGGCUGGUCAAUUGGGAUCAGAGGCAACAGGGUAGUGAUGAGUCUGAGGGUACAAAGUUCUGGAGACCUGACAAAGCUCUAACUGAAUGGCUGCACAAUUGUUUAGAUGUCAUUUGGCUUUUGGUCGAGCAGGAUAAAUGCCGAAUGCCUUUUUAUGAGUUACUGCGUAGUGGGUUACAGUUCAUAGAGAACAUUCCGGAUGAUGAAGCCUUAUUUACUCUCAUCUUAGAGAUACACAGGAGAAGGGACAUGAUGGCUAUGCACAUGCAGAUGUUAGAUCAGCACCUCCAUUGCCCUACAUUUGGAACGCAGAGAAUACUAUCCCUUACGGCUCCUAAUAUUUCAGGUGAAGCGGUUGGUAACCUAAGGUAUUCACCAAUUACAUAUCCAAGCGUACUUGGAGAGCCAUUGCAUGGAGAGGAGCUUGCAAGUUCGAUUCAGAGGGGAAGUUUAGAUUGGGAAAGAGCUUUGCGGUGUAUAAGGCAUGCUAUUCGGACUACUCCAUCACCCGACUGGUGGAAGCGUGUGCUUCUCGUGGCUCCUUUCAAUAGACCUGCUGGGCAACCACCAACUGCUGGUGCAGUCUUCACUUCCGAAAUGAUUAGUGAGGCAACUAUUUGCCGGAUUAUUGAGCUAUUGAAGUUAACAAAAUCAGAGCUGAACUGCUGGCAAGAGUGGCUUUCCUUUUCAGAUAUCUUCUUUUUCCUUGUGAAAAGUGGUUGCAUUGAUUUUGUUGAUUUUGUGGACAAGUUGUUUAUACACAUUUCAGAAAGCGAUCCUCAUAUUCUUCGCACAAAUCAUGUUACUUGGCUCCUCGCAGAAAUUAUUAGGGUGGAGCUUGUGAUGACUGCAUUGAGUACAGAUGCAAGAAAGUUGGAGACGACAAGGAAGAUAUUGUCAUUUCAUCGAGAAGAUAGAAAUGCUGAUCCCAAUUCUGCUCAAAGCAUCCUGCUUGAUUUUGUAAGCAGUUGUCAGAAUUUACAGAUGCGGGCACUGAACACAUCAACGAGGGAGUACUUGAAUGGUGAACAACUUCAGAAAGGAAGACAAAUUGAUGAAUGGUGGAAACAAGUGACAAAAGGUGAUCGUAUGAUGGACUACAUGACUAUGGAUGAGCGUUCUGUUGGGAUGUUUUGGGUUGUAUCUUACACCACGGCUCAAGCUGCUUCCGAAACAGUGAUGAAUUGGUUGUCCUCUGGUGGACAUACAGAUCAAUUACCAGGAUCUAAUUUGCAGCCAAAUGAUAGGAUAAUGGUAAUGAGAGAAGUAAGCCCCUUACCGAUGUCCCUGAUAUCAGGAUUUUCAAUGAACCUGUGCUUGAAGUUGGCUCAACAGAUGGAAGAAUCUCUAUUCUCCAGUCAGGUUGUGCCAAGCAUUGCAAUGGUUGAAACAUAUACUCGCUUGCUGCUCAUUGCACCUCACUCGUUGUUUCGGUCACACAUCAGUCACUUGGCCCAGAGGAAUCCUGCUUUGCUGAGCAAGCCUGGGGUCACUCUUUUGUUAUUUGAGAUUAUCAACUAUCGCCUGCUUCCUCUCUAUAGGUACCAAGGGAAAACCAAAGCUUUGAUGUAUGAUGUGACAAAAAUUAUUGCUGCUUUGAAGGGUAAACGAGGAGAUCAUCGUGUAUUUAGAUUAGCUGAGAACUUGUGCAUGAAUGUCAUUUUCUCACUUAGAGAUUUUUUCUCGGUGAAGAGGGAGGGUAAGGGUCCAACUGAAUUUACAGAGACACUGAAUAGAGUAACAGUAAUGACGCUUGCCAUCCUGAUCAAAACACGUGGAAUUGCUGAUGCUGAUCACGUUAUUUAUGUACCAAACAUGCUAGAGCAGAUACUAGCAACAAGCCAACACACAUGGUCGGAGAAAACAUUACGCUACUUCCCACCAGUUCUUCGCGAUGCCUUGGCAGCGCGGAUCGAUAAAAAGGCCCUUGUCAUUCAAGCAUGGCAGCAGGCAGAAACAACUGUGAUCAAUCAAUGCACUCAGCUUCUUUCCCCUUCAGCUGACCCUUCGUAUGUAACAACUUAUAUCAGCCAUAGUUUUCCUCAACAUCGGCAGUAUUUAUGUGCUGGGGCAUGGACUUUGAUGCAAGGGCAUCCUGAGAGCAUUAACAGCACAAACCUGGUACGCGUGUUGAGGGAAGUCUCACCUGAGGAAGUGACCGCCAAUAUUUAUACAAUGGUGGAUGUACUACUUCAUAGCAUUCAAGUGGAACGUCAGCGUGGGCAUUUAAUACAGGACAUUUUACUGAAAACCUGUGCCAACCUUGCAUUUUUUAUUUGGACAAGCGAGUUGCUCCCUUUGGACAUCUUGCUACUGGCCCUCUCUGACCGCGACGAUGAUCCACAUGCCUUAAGUAUCGUGAUUAGUCUCCUUGACAGACAAGAACUUCAACAGAGAGUGAAAUUAUAUUGUUUGAAUUGUGGACCUCCCGAGCAUUGGCUUCGGACUACACCUUUCAAGCGUAUGGAGUUACAAAAGGCUCUAGGGAAUCAUCUCUCGUGGAAGGAUAGGUAUCCUCCCUUCUUUGAUGACAUAGCAGCACGGUUGCUUGCGGUGUUCCCCCUUAUCAUUUACAGACUUAUCGAAAAUGAUGCCAUUGAUAGCACUGAGCGACUCUUGACGAUCUAUUCUCAAUUUCUAGCUUAUCAUCCUUUUAGAUAUUCUUUUGUCCGGGAUAUACUUGCAUACUUCUAUGGUCACCUUCCAGGAAAGCUCAUAGUUCGCAUACUCAGUAUACUUGAUGCUCAGAAGGUGGCAAAGAUCCCAUUCUCAGAAGUGUUCCAGCAGCUGAUCAGCGCGACGAAUCCCAUUUGCCCACCUCUAGACUAUUUUGCAACUCUCUUGCUGGAGCUGGUAAACAAUGUAAUACCUCCACUGAAUAGUAACACAGUUCGUCCUCCUCCGCGUACCCAAACUCCACCGACAAACCAAGUACACACUUCAACGGAGAUUCUAAAGGCAUUCUACCAGAUUCAGGAUCCCGGAACAUACACCCAGUUAAUUCUCGAAACUUCGGUGAUAGAGAUCCUCUCUCUCCCUGUUCCCGCUUCCCAGAUUGUAUCAUCUCUUGUCCAAAUCAUUGUUAACAUACAACCCACACUAAUUCAAUCCAACAACCUUCGUGGUGCUCCAAAUAGCAUCGGAGGGCAAGGUUCAGUUCUACCAACUUCUCCGUCGGGAGGAAGCACAGAUUCCUUAAGUGCAAGCAGAUCAUCUCCUUCAGCUAAUACUUCAAACUUUGUUUGGCGGAGUGGUUACACAAGUGAACAACUGUCUUGCCUGUUGAUUCAAGCUUGUGGGCUCUUGUUGUCUCAGCUGCCCGCCGACUUUCAUGUGCAGCUCUAUAUACAGGCAUCUCAGAUAAUAAAAGACAGUUGGUGGCUUACUGAUGGGAAGAGAUCACGUGGGGAGCUGGACUCUGCUGUUAAGUACGCCUUGUUGGAUCCUUCGUGGGCUGCUCAGGACAACACCUCGACAGCUAUAAGUAACAUUAUUGCGCUACUGCACUCUUUCUUUAGCAAUCUUCCACAAGAAUGGCUGGAAGGGACCCAUGUCAUCAUAAAGAAUCUCAGGCCGGUCACAUCUGUUGCAAUGCUGAGAAUAGCAUUCCGUAUAAUGGGCCCUCUGCUCCCUAGACUUGCCAAUGCUCACUCACUCUUUACCAAGACACUCUCGGUCCUAUUAAGUGUACUGGUGGAUGUUUUCGGCAAGAACACUCAGCCACCGACCCCAAUUGAAGCAUCAGAGAUAGCCGAUCUCAUUGAUUUUCUGCAUCAUGUCGUGCACUAUGAAGGACAGGGCGGUCCCGUACAGCCCAGUAGCAGGCCCAAGCCUGACAUUUUGGCUCUCUUUGCUACCUUAUCUGAGAGUAUACGGCCAGACGUGCAGCACCUUCUCUCCCAUCUAAAACCUGACGUGAAUUCCUCCAUAUACGCGGCAACUUAUCCCAAAAUCCCCCAUAAUCGUCUGCAGUAGUCGUGUCGAAGGCAUUUUAUACCCGGAGACAUCAUGCCCUACGUGCCGAAGUUCCAGUGCUUGUGCGUGUAGAGGUUACAUGAUCCGAAAGUAUUUUGCAGCAGCACUUGCAAAAGGCCUUGGGCUUAGGGAAACAAACAAAGGCAAACUUAGGGCAAAGGCAGACAGAGGGACCUUUUUUCCAAGAAUAGAAAAGUAGAGGGACCAGCAGUGCAAAUUUGGUGAACAUUGGUUCACUUGUGCAAGUUCAGAUAGACAGAUUCUUUGGCCCUCGCAUAUAUAAACUGCUCAGAAUGAUACCUUAUCAUUUGAUCCCUCAGAGAGUUCGGAGUCUACGGACCAGAGCUCGAGCAAUGCUCUGUGACGUUCCUUUUUCACGGGCCAAUUUUUUCUGUGCCAAGCAUUGGCACCUUGCCCUUGUCCAUGAUAUCUUCUCAUGAUAGGUCAAGGGUGUACCUCGUGAAUAUCUCGUUCUGGGCAUAACUAGCUUCCUUUCAUCUCAGACUUGCCUAAUCAUAGAUGGCGGAUUCACAUAUUGAAUGGUACCCUUCUUGUAUUGA